GCAGCAGCAGCAGCGCCGCAGCCCGGGAGCCCCACGUCCCGACCGCCCCCUGCAGCGGCUCCCCCGGAACCGGAAGAGCUUGUUGCUCGCGGCUAACAUGGCGGCCGCUUCCGGCGCAAGCGGCGGGGUUCGGCCGAGGCGGUGUUUAGAUGCGAACCAUGGCGGCAAAGAGGGUGGUAGCGGCGCCGGGCAGCGCUGGGGAGAGGAGCAGCCGGGGCAGCCCACGGCGGCGGCCGCCCUGCUGGCGCGGUGCGAGGAGACAUUGGAUUUAACCCAUGGAAAAGCCCAGUGCUUUGUGAAAUUCUCAGAGGUGGAAAGAAUGGCAAACAUUCAAGCUGAAAUCAAUGAGAUGAAACUGAAAACUGAAAUUCUGCAGUUGGAGAAGGAAACAGCAGACAUUGCUCACCCUUUUUGCUUAGGUAAGAAAUGUGAGAUUUUGCAAGAUAUGAACAGGCAUUUGGAAGCCGUACUGAAAGAGAAGAGGGCUCUUAGGAAGAGGUUGAUAAAGCCCAGAUGUCAAGACAGCCUGCCUAUUGAGGCUACUUUCCACAGGUAUAUAGUUGAGCUGUUGACUGAUGCUGUGACUUUCAUUGAGAAGCUUGAGAGCUAUUUGCAGGCAGUAAGAAGCAUCCCUCAGGUACCAAACAUCGUGAAGGACAUGGACACUGCUUUGACAAGAACAGAGGUGCUUGCGAUGGAGUUGGAGGAGCUGGCAGAGCAAAUAUUGAAGUGGAGAGAAGUACAAAAAGAAGUGUAUUCUGAUGACAUCUGCAAUACUGCUGAACUGGACUUCAGUUUAUAUUUGACCUAACAAUUUUCCUCAAAUGAAGUGGCUAUUCAAAGAACUACCUUUUAUGGUCUCAGGUGAAAACUACAAUGUAGUUGUGAUUUAAUUUAACAGGGACUUUAUAGGUAGUUAUAUUUCUGUUCUUAUGUGAUAGUUCUCCAACUGUUACAAGAAGAAAAGCACCAAGGACAAUGAGCUCACAGGAAGACAGGCUACUGAGAAGACCAUUAAGGAAUUCCAUUUUUAAAUAGUUGGACAGAAUUCCCUUGGAGCGUGUAUCAUCAAUGCAAAUGUGGUUUGAUAUUUCUUAUGCACUUGCUAUAGUGUCUCUAUUAGUUUUUAUAAGCAUCUUGAUAAUAUCCUGUAUUUUGUUUGUAUUCAGUGCCCCCCUUCGAAUAAAACUAUUGUUCCAUGAGUAUGACUGACACUUUAGCAAAAGCAUUCAUUUUUCCAGUUUGCAACCUUCGUGACUUUUCUGUCAUGAAAAGACUUGUUGGUAAAAUAUCACUGGUGUGAUGCCUAUAAAGCAGGACAGCUGGUUGUCGUUAGAGGCUGUUCAGUUUUGUAUUCAGGAUAUAGAGCAAACUGGAAGUGGUGCAGAUUUACUCCUUUCUACCACUGUAUUGCUUAUAUUACCUGAAUUCUUCCUGUAUCCAACCUGUUGAUUUCCCAUUUAUUUUGUGAAAGUAACCACUAGGUGGCUCGGUACCACAUAAAUGUCACUGUAGUUUAUCAGACCUGCAUAAAAACUUCAAGUAGAAUUAAAGAAGAAAUCAUCCGAGCUUUGUUAAGCACACGCACACUGCUCUGACUUACUUGUAAUUGGUCUACUCUAUGUCUGAAACUUUUUGAGAAUCCCAUUUUAAUCUUUACCGACUACAUCAUCCUGCUGGGUAUGGUGUAAAGGAGUGUAGCGUAACAGUUCUCUAGUAUACUAUAUAGAGUGCAGCUGAAGUUCCACUCUGCUGCUGCUGAGAAAAGUUAAGAGGAGAGAAACAAUUUGGAUUAAGUCAAGCAGAAUGUCAGAUAGGAUCCAAGAAUAUAUAACUGGCAUUUGAGUGCCACAAACCUGAAUAGAAUCUUUAUGUGAAUGCUGGCUAUACGUCAUGGUAGGAUUUGAGUCUGAAAUCCCAUAGCGCUGUUGUUUGAGUUGUGGAAAUGAAGCUCUUCCACACAAUUCCAGAUGAGGAGAUGGAAUUUUUACUGAAAAUGCUUUUCACAGUUUGUGAAAUGGGAAGAAACAGAAUCCAGACUCCUGGAAUCAUUGUCCUGUGCAUCUAUCACAGGCUUAACCUCUUAGAGGGAUGUCUUACAGGGAUUAUUUACUUCAGGCAAAUUAAAGCUGUUCUAAUUUAACGCUUCCAGGAAUAAAAUGAAAACAUUUCUAGUUAGUUUGUUCUUUAUAAUUCCUUGAAAUGAAAAUAAAUAUGUGGUUUUGCCAUAUUCCAAAGAGUCAGGCGUAUUUUCUUCUACUGUAUCCAUUAUUGGAGUAUUGACUGGAGCUGGUAGAGUUAGCCAAUACCGUUUGCCAUUGACAUACCAAUUCAUUAUUUAAUAUGAUUAAAGGGAUGAAUCUAUUUAAGAAACAGUGAUUCAUAGCUUGUAGGUGUUCAUUUUAGCAUCUCUGGGGUGGACCAUGAACUGGGAAAAGUGUUGAAUCCAAAGGAUCCAUCCAUACUUUGCUCUGAAGGUUUCUGUAUUGUGAUAUCUUUUUCAUUUGCGUUUAAGGUUUCUGGAGCUUAAGGUAAAUCGUCUUGCGAGGAGAACAUACUUUAAGUAUGAGUAAAUAGUACAGUUAAAAGCCAGUUUAAACAGAAGUUGUUUAAAUGGCCCAUAAAAUACUCUUAUAUGAUACUCAGACAUAGCUCAGAGUUUCUCAUAUUUUGAAAUGCAGAAAAGGUCCAGUUAAGAAUGAGUAAUGACAUUGGCAGAAAACAAAUGGUCUAUUGAGCCUGGCAUCUUGUUUAUGCAUGGAGCCAAUGCUGCUUCUGCUCACAUCGUCACGAGGAGAUUGGUAGCUGACA